AUGUUGAAAUCACCGAAAGUGUCUGAGAUUGACACGAACUUAUUGCUGUCCCCGAAACACGGUUCACUAACCGAUCUCACGAAGGAAGAAGAUGACGUAUUCGAAGGAGAUUUAAAGGCCAAUCUUGGAUUACUACGCCGUGCGUUCUCGUCAAUGAAACGCAGGCGUAGACGUAAAUCAAGUAGUGAUACGACUACAAGUUUAAGAACGAAUAAACAUGAACCCUUACGUGCUGUGAAAUCUUCACCUCCCCCCUUGUCUACCUACGCUUACUUCAGCUGUUUAAUUAAAGGAACACCUUCACUAUCCAUUCGACCAAUCAUGCCUUAG